GUAGUGGACCACUAUGAGAACCCGAGAAAUGUGGGUUCCUUAGACAAGAAUGCCAAGAAUGUGGGGACUGGCUUGGUGGGUGCGCCUGCAUGUGGGGACGUUAUGAAACUCCAGGUAUGUCAGUUCAGAAUCUUGUUUAUGUGCAGUGGAUUGUUUUGGAAUCCUUUGGAAUUAUUAGUUUUUCUUGUCUGGGGUUUGAUUCUAAGUUCAUCAUAAGUAAAUCGUAAGUAAGUAGUGGUCUUUUCAGUAAUGUGCAACUGUUAAAUAUUUGUUUGUCUGCAGAUCGAAGUGGACGAAAAGGGAAAGAUAGUGGAUGCUAGAUUCAAGACCUUUGGCUGUGGCUCAGCCAUUGCUUCCAGUUCUCUAGUAACAGAGUGGGUAAAGGGCAAAUCCGUAAGUUGGUCAGCCCAAAUUUAACAGGCACUGUGAAUGUACAGUACUCUCUCUGCAUCAUUCUGUAUGUGUGUUGGUAGGAUUGGGGUUUCGGUUUAUUCUCCUAUGUGUUUCCGCUUGCAGAUUGACGAAGCUCUGAAGAUCAAGAACACUGAUAUUGCCAUAGAACUCAGCCUUCCACCAGUCAAGCUCCAUUGCUCUAGUAAGUUAGUAAAACAUACCGGUACUACAAUAGGGAUAGGGUCUAGUACCUACAGUGCCUUGCUUCAGAAAGUAUUCAUAUUCCUUGACUUAUUCCACAUUUUGAUGUGUUACAGCCUGAAUUCAAAAUGUAUGAAAUCGUUUUUCUCUCUCACCAUCUACACACAAUACCCCAUAAUGACAAAGUUUAGACAUGUUUUUAGACAUUUUUGCAAAUGUAUUGAAAAUGAAAUACUGAAAUAUCUGCUACUUAUAUAAAUAUAUAAAAUCCUUAUCUAAACCCCAAUUCGUAAUGAAGACAUUCCAAGUAAAUGACAGAAACAAAAAAAUGAUAUUUUCAUUGUUUAUUGAACAAAAGUGGUUUAUUUAACAGAAACUCAGAUUUGAUGUGUGCAGAAAUAUGUGAACCCCUUCAGUCAAUAGCUUGUGGCACCUCCAUUAGCAGCGAUAACUUGGACUAAACGUCUCCUAUAGCCAGUAAUCAGUCUCUGACAUCUGUUUACAGAACUCAGCCAAUUGAGUGAGGUUUGAGGGGUGUCUGGCAUGAACUGCCCGCUUCAGGUCCUGCCACAGCAUCUCGAUUGGAUUUAGGUCAGGACUUUGACAAUCCAAAACACAAAUCUUCUUUCUUCUGAGCCAUUCUUUGAUAGAUUUGCUUGAGUACUUUGGGUCGUUGUCUUGUUGGAAGUCCCAUUUUCGGCCCAGCUUUAGCUCCUUGACUGAUAGCCUGACAUUCUGUUCAAGAAUCAAAGUUAAGACGGGCAGUUUUGUUCUUUUUUGACAGCAGAGGCUUCUUCCUAGCAACCCUCCCAUGAAUGGCAUUUCGAUUCAGUGUUCUUCUUAUUGUUGAAGCAUGCACAGGUACCUGAGAUGCAGCAAGGGAGGUCUGCAAAUCUCUAGAUGUUAUGUUUGGGUUGGCUUUUACCUGAGUUAUUAUUGUUCUUGUGGCUCUUGGGGAUAUUUUGAAAGGGUGUCCACUUCUAGGCCGAGUUUCUGUCAUGUUAAAUGCUCUCCAUUUGUAAAUGAUUUGCCUCACAGUGGACUGAUGGAGCUCAAAUCUUUUUCAGAUGAUUUUAUAGCCUUCCCCAGACUGAUGUGCUCUCACUACCCUCGUCCUGAUGUCCUCUGAGAUCUCCUUUCCUCUCGGUAUGGUGUGCUUUGCAUUUACCUGGAUAGGUAACACCAAACUGACCAGGUUUCUUAUCUCUAGUUAUCAGAGUCCCGCCCAAACUCUUUCCUAACGAUCUCUCCUUUGAUUGUUUUAUUUGGUAGCUAAUUAUUUACCCACCUGAUUCUACUUAUCUACUUGAUUUAACCAACGCAACCUGGGGUUCACAUAUUUUUGCACCUGCACUAAUUCCUUUUUAAUUUUGUUUUUCUACUACACGCAUGAUUUCCUCUACACCAACAUAUGGUAUGGGUAAAUAUAUACCUGUUAUGUCAGAUCAAAAAGACUGGUUCUGAUUAAAUUAAGAUUUCAUGGUAAAAACGGAACAAAUCUGUAAUUGCACAAGGGGUGCACAUACUUUCAAGCAACACUGUAUAAGUAUUCACACCUCUGAGUCAAUACAUGUUAGAAUCACCUUUGGCAGCGAUUACAGCUGUGAGUCUUCCUGGGUAAGUCUGUAAGAGCAUUGCACACCUGGAUUGUACAAUAUUUGCACAUUCUUUUUAAAAUUCUUCAAGAUCUGUCAAGUUGGUUGUUGAUCAUUGCUAGAGAGCCAUUUUCAAGUCUUGCCAUAGAUUUUCAAGCUAAUUUUAAGUCAACUAUAACUAUGCCAAUCAGGAAUAUUCAAUGUCAUCUUGGUAAGCAACUUCAGUGUAUAUUUGGCCUUGUGUUUUAGGUUAUUGUCCUGCUGAAAGGUGAAUUUGACUCCGAAUGUCUAUUGGAAAGCAAACUGAACCAGGCUUUCCUCUAGGAUUUUGCCUGUGUUUAGCUCUAUUCCGUUUCUUUUUAUCCUUGAUGACAAGCAUACCAAUAACAUGAUGGAGCCACCACCAUGCUUGAAAUUAUGAAGAUUGGUACUCAGAUGUGUUGUAUUUGCCCUAAACAUAACGCUUUGUAUUCAGCACAUAAAGUUAAUUUCUUUGCCACAUUUUUUGCACUUUUACUUUAGUGCCUCAUGAUGCAUGUUUUGGAAUAUUUGUUAUUCUGUACAGGCUUCCUUCGUUUCACUCUGUAAUUUAGGUUAGUAUUGUGGAGUAACCACAAAGUUGUUGAUCCAUCCUCAGUUUUCUCAUAUCACAGCCAUUAAACUCUGUAACUGUUUUAAAGUCUCCAUUGGCCUCAUGGUGAAAUCCCUGAGCGGUUUCCUUCCUCUCCGGCAACCGAGUUAGGAAGGACGCCUUUAUCUUUUGUAGUUACUGGUUGUAUUUAUACACCAUCCAAAGUGUAAUUAAUAACUUCACCAUGCUCAAAGGGAUAUUCAAUGUCUACUUGUUUGUAUUUUUACCCAUCUACCAAUAGGUGCCCUUCUUUGCGAGGCAUUGUAAAACCUCACUGGUCUUUGUGGUUGAAUCUGUGUUUGAAAUUCACUGCUCGACUGAGGGACCUUACAGAUAAUUUUAUGUGUGGGGUACAGAGAUGAGGUAGUCAUUCAAAAAUCAUUGAGUCCAUGCAACUCAUACAUUUUUACUUCUGAACUUAUUUAGGCUUGUCAUAAAAGGGGUUGAAUACUUAGACUCAAGACAUUUCAGCUUUUCGUUUUUUAUUAAUUCAUAAAGUGUUUAAAAACAUAAUUCCACUUUGACAUUAUGGGGUAUUGUGUGUAGGCCAGUGACUAUCAAUUCAAUCAAUUUGAAAUUCAGGCUGUAAUACAAAAUGUGGAAAAAGUCAGUGUGAAUACUUUGUUUCUGAAGUCACUGUAUAUCCCAGAUUUGUUGGCAAAUGAUUUUAAUUAAAAGUAAAGAUCAUUACAAUCAUUCAUGUGCAGGUGUUUUUUAUUUUACCUGGGGUGACAUUGUAUUGCUCCCUCUCUGUGUUGUUUCAUCUCCAUUUAGUGCUUGCAGAGGAUGCUAUAA